GUCGAUUAUUAUAUGUAUCAGUUAUAUGUAUUAGCCUAAUUAUUUUUUAUUCUGACAAUACCUAGGUUAGCCUAUCUCUAGCAUUAACUGACAGCGAAUUGACGUUUGUUGUUAGAUUUUUUAAGCCCUAUUCAUUGAUUUACGCCUGAAUCAAUUUUACAGUGCGGACAUAUAGUUGGUCAGUCUAAUCUCUAAAGAAACCACCAAAAUGCAAGGUCUUUCGAUUCAGAGCUUGAAGAAGCACAAGGCUUUGAUCCCACUGUACGUGUGCACGGGUAUCGGUUGUGCGGGUGCGGUGUUCUACCUGAUCCGCCUCGCCACACGCAACCCCGACGUGUCCUGGAACAAGAAAACCAACCCCGAGCCAUGGCAGGAGUAUAGGAACAAGCAAUACAAGUUCUACUCUCCCAUCAGGGACUACUCGAAGGAGGAGUCGCCCGCACCCAAAUUCUAAUAACAAAGUUAAAUGUAUUACAUUAGUGGAUUAUAAGUUAAUAAAUAGCAUUAUGUGAUAUCAUUUGAUUUGUAUUUAUAUAAACUCAUUGGUGCCGAAAAUAUUGUUUUCAUUUAGAAUUGAAACAAAUUUUUGGAAGUGGAAAAUAAAUAGAUCAACACAG